GAAGACUUUAGAGCUUUCUUCGCCUCGAUGCAACCUCGCAAUCUCUCUCGCGCUUCUUCUUCCUCUUCUCUUCGGCGUUUCUUCGAUCCCUCGCAUUCUCAUUCAAUUCGCUUCUAGUUCAGAUCGACGAACAAGUUUUGUCUCGCCUGAAUCGGAGAUUCGAAGGGUUAGGGUUUGGGAUUUGGGCGCCUGCGAAUGGAAGUCUCUUCGAGCCAGCCGGAGUUCGAUUACUUGUUCAAGUUGCUCUUGAUCGGGGACUCUGGGGUUGGGAAGAGCUCUCUUCUCUUGAGCUUCACCUCCGACACCUUCGAGGAUCUGUCUCCCACAAUUGGUGUGGACUUCAAGAUAAAGUAUGUUACAGUUGGAGGAAAAAAGUUGAAGCUUGCUAUAUGGGACACAGCCGGGCAAGAGAGAUUUAGAACCCUGACCAGCUCAUACUACAGGGGAGCUCAAGGGAUAAUAAUGGUAUAUGAUGUGACGCGGCGAGAGACAUUCACAAAUCUUGCUGACAUAUGGGCAAAAGAAAUUGACUUGUACUCAACUAAUCAAGAUUGCAUCAAGAUGCUGGUUGGCAACAAAGUCGAUAAGGAAAGUGAAAGGGUAGUUUCUAAAAAGGAGGGGAUUGAUUUUGCCAGAGAAUAUGGGUGCCUUUUCCUUGAAUGUAGUGCAAAAACUCGGAUAAAUGUAGAGCAAUGCUUUGAGGAGCUUGUUUUGAAGAUUUUGGAAACUCCAAGUCUUUUGGCAGAGGGGUCGGCCGGAGUGAAGAAGAACAUAUUUAAGCAGAAACCUCCAGAAACGAGUGCCGCAACCAGCAGCUGUUGUUCCUGGUGAACAGAAUAUUGGUCUCGAAACAUCUCUCAACUUUAUGCUGUCUUUUGUCUUUUGGAUCGUCACAAGCUCAACCAUGUAACGUGAAGCAAUAUGUUAAUUCGCACAUGUUUUUCUAUCUACUCGAGUGUAUUUAGCUCUACAGAUUGCUUGUCUUCAAUCAAGGUUUGAUGCCACGCUAUGGAUCUCUCUA